ACGACUAGGCAACCCUGCCCGCCUGCCCGUGCUUAACGAGGCUAUUGCGGUGUUCCUGUUUGCCAGGUCAUUAGAUCUUUCUCUGACAGAAAGCUCUGCCGUGCCCACAGGCAUCUCACAAGCGCACCUAAACAGGCAGUCGUAGGAUCCGGGUUUCAACUUGCGACGUGCUGCUCCCACCACCGAGGCAAUAACCUGCGUGCCUAUCGCGAUCCCUCAGCUGCUCUUACCCGGUCGAUAGCCCUGCCGAGAGGCACCUCACCGACCACACGCUCCCCAGAAAUUCCUCCCUGCCGCUCUCACCGCCCGCAGGAGCCCCCGGGCCGGGGCGAGGGGCGGGGGCAGGCGGCGGGGCGGAGGCAGGAGCCGGGCACGGGGUCGGAGGUGCCGCGGCGGGGAGCGCUCGCAGCCGCGCCACAGCGCAGCCCCGGGACCGAGCGACGAGCGGCGAGCAGAGCCUGGUUUGCAAGCUACUCUCCUGAAUUAAUAUGCAAGGCUUGCUGGAGCUGGGAAUAGCCACCACCUGCCCAGAGGAGUGCUUGAAGGAACGUGGCUUGAUCUCCCUCUCGUGGCAGAUUAUCGGAACUAAAUUCUUGUGAUACUACAGCAGAGAAGUCCAACAUCAGUGGACAAAUGAUGGCAGCAGUUUCAGUGCCACCUGAUGCUCUUGUCAUCCCUCAAGGAAAUGAAGAGGUGGACUCUCUGAUCGUACUGCAUUAUAAUUACACAGGAAAGCUCAAUUCAAGGGAAAAGGCAGCUGAUAACAUAGACCUACCCGCUAUUGCAUUUCUGAUCCUAUGUAGUUUCAUAGUCAUGGAAAACUUAAUGGUGUUGAUUGCCAUAUGGAAAAACAAUAAAUUUCACAACCGCAUGUACUUUUUUAUUGGCAAUUUAGCUCUCUGUGAUCUUUUAGCUGGGAUUGUUUACAAAGUAAACAUUCUUAUGUCUGGGAAGAAAACUCUGAGCUUGUCCUCCACCAUCUGGUUCAUUAGGGAAGGCAGUAUGUUUGUUGCCCUGGGAGCCUCCACUUUCAGCUUGCUCGCAAUAGCUAUUGAGCGACAUUUGACCAUGAUUAAAAUGAGGCCUUACGAUGCAAAUAAAAAAUACAGAGUGUUCCUUCUCAUUGGUACAUGCUGGCUCAUUUCAGUUUCCUUGGGUGCCUUACCCAUUCUUGGCUGGAACUGUAUAAACAACUUGCCAGAUUGCUCAACAAUUUUGCCUCUAUACUCCAAGAAGUAUGUCGUGUUCUGCAUUAGUAUCUUCAUAGCCAUUUUGGUUGCUAUUGUCAUCCUUUAUGCCCGUAUCUACAUCCUGGUAAAGUCCAGCAGUCGUAAUGUCACUAACCACAAUAACUCGGAACGGUCAAUGGCACUCCUUCGGACUGUUGUGAUCGUUGUUAGUGUCUUUAUUGCCUGUUGGUCUCCACUGUUUAUCCUGUUCCUCAUUGAUGUGGCCUGCAGAGUCAAGGAGUGUUCUAUCUUGUACAAAGCCAACUGGUUUAUUUCUCUGGCAGUCAUCAAUUCUGCAAUGAACCCCAUUAUCUACACUCUGGCCAGUAAGGAGAUGCGUCGGGCUUUCUUUCGCCUUGUUUGUGGCUGCCUGGUGAAAUCCAAGGUGGCUAGAUCUUUGCCUAUUCAACCCACACCAGAUCAGAGCCGAAGUAAAUCCAGCAGUAGCAAUACCCAGAAGCCAAAGGAAGAUUUCCCACCAAUGAAUGUUUCUUCAUAUAUCGCUGAGAAAAAUGAGUCUUCAUUUCACAAUGGAAACUUCUGUAAGUAAAGGGCUCCUCAAGUACUUUUCUGUGGCUUUUAGAUUUAAACUGUAAGUGUAGUUUGAGCAUUCACGCACUUAAGUCACAGGCGAAAACACUAACCGCUUAUUUAACUUUGAGGAAUUACUUAUCAAUAGUCAUUUGCUUUUGGUGUUCAUUCAGUAAUGCACAUGAUUCAGGAAAAAAGCUUCAUGCUGCCCAACAGCCAGGACAGAGUCCGUGCACAUCUAAUUACAUUAUGCAUCGUGAUGAUAUUGCUUAACGAGGCUGCAUUUGGCACUGCCUGAUCUUGCAAGACAUCAACAAAACCUGUUAAAAACUUCAGCGUUCACAUUGCUGACGAUCAGAAAAUGAACCUGAUUAUUGGUUCAUAGGAGAAAAGCUCUUCAUGUAUGUUGGUGAUUAUAGUUUUCUGUAUGUAUCUUGCUGUUAUGUCAAUGGCCUUAUAUGUAUGUAGUAUAAAUAGCUGUGUAUUUGUACAAUUCCUUACUAAAUAAGUUGUUGUUUGGUAAACGUUUACAGUGUGCUGAACGUUGUAUUGCAGUAUACAGUGUAUGGUGACAAAUUAUACAAGUAGACGUGUUUCAAUGGGGAUAUUUGAAAAUAUAUGAAGUAAUAGCUUUUAACUGACAGGAACUUUAACAUGUUGUAUCAAUGCAGUAUUUUUAUUUUUUCCACUGCUAUUCAAAUCUUUCAUGUUUAGUGAAGACAACAUGACAGUUGUCACUGUGACAUUUCACAACCUAUUUUAAAUAAGCAGUAGUAAAUAGCCUUUGAGAGAGUCUAUAUAUGUUUGCUAUUUAAAGUAGUCAAAAUGUGACCCAGUAUCAAAUAUAUGUACUGUUUCAAUGCAUAUAUUUUUACUUAACUGUUUCCAAUGUAUUUAAAAAUGUAUGUGAAACCUAUGUAAACCUGUGUAUGUUGUGAAUGCACUACCUAGGCUGACAUUCUUCGGUUCUGAAACAGAGAUAUAUCACUUCAGAAAACAAUGAACCACAAACAGGUCCCUGUGGAGUUCCUUCUUUUCUCUCCAAGCACUACCACAACGUGGGAUUUUGUUAGAAAUUCUCCCUGGGGAGGAGUUCAGCCAGUGGGCCAAGAUCCCAUCUUCUGGCAAUGGGACGCUGUGCUCCUACUGUCUCUGGGCACUUUUGCAGAUACAGGAGGGAAGAUGCGGUACAACAGGAUCAUGCUGAAUAGCAUACCUCCAUUUAUGUCUGACCCUUCCUUGGAUCUGGAAUGGAAGACUGUUUAGUUUGGAGGACCUUCAAACUUUACUGGAGCUGUAGACUUACUCUUUUGAGAGGCUGUUCCAGAGAAACCUGUAUGAAAACAAGUUUGUGGUUCAUCACUGCCUUACCAGCCUCAGUACAGGAUGGUGUUCAGCAUCAGAGGGAUUCCCUGAAACCUAGAGCAGUUAAGACUUUAUAAACAUCUGGUUUCAAGUGCCCAUGGAAGUGGCCUGUGGUACUUCCAUCAAUAGUACUUCAUGUCUGGAGGCUUCAGUGGAGAUUGACACAAAAUUCUGAGGUUCAUUUCCAUUGUCUUUCAGUAAGAAUGUAAGCGUCUAAGUUCAUUGGGCUCUUUCAAAGAUUUGUAUUUAGUGUCUCAAACCACAGCUUGCCUUAUGCACAAUCAGAAGUAGUUGAGGCUUUUUUAAUACACAGCCUGAAAGAGUUCAUCCAUAGCUUUACUCUGGUCUUAUUCAUUUAAAACAGCAGAAUUAGACUCUUCCCGGGUAUGUACAGUAUAUAAGUUGUGUAAUAUGUGUAGCAAAACCCUUUAAAAGGUAGAGGUUUGCAUUGUGAUUAUCUUUUACAAGUUGACAGACUGCUUGUAAAUGUUUUACGCUAUUAGAAGAGUCUAAGAACAAAAAAAAAAAAAAAGAAAAAACAACACCUGUAUCUGAAUGAAAUAACUGUGAAAGACUGUAGUAAAUUCAAAAUAAUUUCUACCAAAAAAUUUGAAAAGCAAUGCACUUGGAGAAAAAGCUUAACUAAGCUAAGCAGGAUAUAUAUGAGCUGCAGAUGCAGGCUGGAUCAACAGCUCUGUAGCUUUAUGAGAAACACGACUGGUGACAUUACACUGCUAUGACUUGCUUAGGUUUUUAGACCUUACAGUGCUAUUUGGCUAUAUUUUCAGUGUGGAAGUUCUCCCCUGAAGUUACGUCUUUGAAAACUACCAGGUAAAACCUUUGCAUACUUAUAAAUGUUAAUUCAUGUGGUGAUGGCACAUGGCACAAUUCCUUGCUAUUGUAGAGCAGAAAGCCUUAGCAACACAAUGGCUUGAGAAAACAUCGUGGAUGAUUCCACACCAACUCUAAUGUCAGGGAUGGUACAUGAUAUUUAGGUGAAAGAGUAUUUUUAAUAUCCAAAUUCCAAAAACAUGCACAGAAAAGUGAGUUUUAUCAUCUGUUUUCUAGCCUUAGCUAUUGUCAGAGUUGAUGCAAGGUACAAGUAAUGCAAGCAACUCCACUGUUGGAGGCCAUAUAAUUGCAUUCCAGUACAAAAACCUGUCACUUUACUUCAAUUUCCUUCUCUUAUUUUGGAGCUGUGGGGAUAUUUUUUACUUUGCUAGCCUGCUGUACUUGAAGCAGGUUCCUAAGAUUCCUGAAUUGACAUGUAACACUGAUAAUAUAAUUUACAAAGUAUUUAGUGACAGAAGAGAAAAAUACUGUUGUGGGUACAGUCUUCAGUGGGUACGUCCCACUGGGCUGUUAUUAGGUAAUGCACAGAUUCUGGAAAAUUUCAGAGCAAAAUUUUAAAGCAGGACAAUUCAAGGGCUUACCAGCAGUGGACCAUAAACAACCAGGAAGAUGUCUUGUCCUUGAAGCUGGAAAAAGAUGGAAAAUAGCUUCUUUCACCUUAAAUAUUUUUAAAAUCCUUAAAAUACACCCCAGAAUCCAAGAUUUUUAUCAUCUAGUACGGUCUGAGCAUAGAACAAACUGAAUCAGGUCUCCCUUUCCCAGCUGGUUUUACAUGGAGCCAAAGCGACUAAGGACACUAUCAUUUCAUUCAUACUAUUUCAUAAAUUGGAAUGUUUAUCCUGGUCCUGGACUACAAAAGAACUGCAAAUCAAACCUCCCAAGCAGGAAAAAAAACUUUCACAAGAUGCUUUCCAAGAGUCUUUUAUUGCCAACAGUCUUACAGAGGAUUUUCAACUUCUUAGGUACAAUAAACAUUUUGAAAUCUUUUAAUUAAAUCUCAAACCUUUGAACUGAAGUUGUUGUGUAGCAGUCGUUUUUGAAAAAAUUGUUAAAAAAGGUUUUGGCCUUCUAUGGAUAGCAUGCAUUUAAACUCUGGGUGUCAUAUCUGAAAGCAGUAUCUACAGAAACACUGUGCAGCUACAGGCGGUAGGUACUGCCUGUGACACCCCUGGAGCUGGAGGAAGACUUUGCCCGUGUUCCUGGGAGCAGACUUGGUCCCUUGGCUCCACUGCUCAGAGGGAUGUCUGCUCAAGCAGUACUGUCUGCGGCUGCUUCUUUGGAAAAAUACAUUUUACAUGGAGUGAUUGUAAUUAAGGUGUCAUGCUUUGUGCAAGGUUUGUCAUUUACAGCUUCUAUAGUAAGGAAUGGAAAGCAUAGAGACGCAUAAAGUGCCAGGUGCCAAAAAGCCAGGAUCUCAAGAGCAGUCAGUCCACCUCUGCUGAAUGGAGCUGUGCUGGUGUCUGCCUCAGAUACUGCUAUUUAAACCACCAACACAACUAAGGGCACAGAUUGGCCCCUUGAUUUGGCGGGGAGUUGUGUAUCCCCACAACCACCCCAAGCUUGGGGACACUCCGUCUCAUGGCAAAACUCAUGGAGGCCAGGCACAGCAGCAAUGAUCACGUCUUUCUGUUUGGCUGCCACUGAGCCAUGAGGCUUGCCACAGCCCUGAGGCCUCCUGGCAGUGGUCAGGAGAUGCCGUGCAGAAGCAUGCAGAGGUGUGCUGGUGCGCGUGCUGCCUUCAGUGGUCUGGAGGCACUGUGCAGAGGCAUGCUGGUGCCCAUGCGACCUUCAGAGCUGCAUUGCUUCUUACCAAGAGCAACAUAACUUCCCUGGGCAUCUCUGGGCUCAGCUUUUCUUCACAUGCGCGAGAGGGAAGGAGAUCCUUUGCAAGGAGACACUCGUGGUGAUAAGAGUGGAGGAAGAGGAUUUGGGGAACAUCAGACAGCUAAGCUUCCUUCUAAUGAAGCUUCUAGUGAAGCCUUUCUCCUCUACCCAGUACAUUAAAUAGUACUUGCAUGGACUUUAUUCUUGCAGUCACUCUCCAGAGAAAGACCAUGAUGUUGGCUGCCCUCACCUAUUCAGUGUGUGAAGCAGGAAAGCUUCCUUUUCAGAAGAGGGCAUCAUCUGGCCCGGAAGGAGAGCCUGUAGGAGCAACUACUUGCUUAAUGAAAAUGGGGUUUAUCAAAAUGAACUCAUGAAAAAUCAGUAUUGCCUCUGUCAAAAUAAGUGGAGCUCCUUUAGUGUAGUCAGUGUAACUGAGGUCAAACUCCUCAUGUCAUUUAGUCCAUCUGUGUUGCUACUGAGAUGAAUAGUUUAUUGACUUAUUAAUAUUAAAUAUCCAGGUAAACCCCAUAGAAUUCUGUUUAUUCUGCUACAAAAAAGGCAUCCCCUCAGGUAAUUAAAAAACAAGCAAUCAACCAAAAAAUAAAUGAAGCCAUUAUGGAACCUGAGCAUAGGCAGACAGACUCAAGCCCACUUUGCAUGCAUUUUGAUUUGAGAGUAGUGCUCAUUAUUUUAUUACUUUGGUUAAUCAUAUACAAACUGAAUAAUCAGAAAACAGUUGCAUGACACUUAGAUUCCAAAGUCUGUUGCUUAAGGACUUCCUCAGAGACAAAAAUUGCCUCUAAAACCAGAGUGUCACAAUCAGCAGACAGGCAAAACUUGAGAUUCACAAAACUUGCUGGGAAUAUAAACGAUCACAAUGUUUCCACUUAUAUUUUUUUUUCCUGCAAUUCUCAGGUAAAAAUGUUUCUAAAGGUAAUAAAUAUUAAUAAAUAACAAAUGCACAGUCAAAUUCCCUUUUACAGCAAAACAGUCACUUGUUUUGUUGUUGAUGCCCACACAAUGCAAAUAAAAACAUUUACCUCAAAAGAAGAAAUCUGGCUUUUUUUGAGGUUUAACUCUAAAUGACUUCACUGAGAUGUAAUUAUCACACCAAUCCAGCCACAAAGGACACAAAUAUAUACCAAUUAUAAUCUUUACAUUCUUCAUUUAAUUAAAAAAUCACUUAUUUUAAAUUAAGAUUUGUCUUGCUGUGUUUGGUGGGGUUUGUCUCACAGAAGAAAAAGGAGAACUGUUGGAAAAAGCUGCCGUUUGAUUUGUAUACUGCUGACCUUCAUGGUAGCUACAUAAAAUGUAAAUCUGCAUCUUAAUCUCAAAAUCUGAGGCUACCUUCCUUUUCUGAGUCAUCCAUGCUGUCUCCCACAAAGUGGGGUAGCAUAAUGAGUCACUCAGCUUUAGCUUCUUUCUUUCUUUGGUUUCCUCAGACUGUUCUGUUGUCAAACAAGGUUUAAACAGUUCUUGUUUAGUUCUUCCCCUUUAUGUUGCAUUUGCUAGAAAUGUGCAGCUCUGAAAUCCGAUCCCCCUUACUGAGACAUUCUCAAAAAGCCCUGCUUUUUCUCAGUGGAAGCCAAACAAGAUGCUUGUGUUGCAGGAUACAGAGGAAUAGAUCAGGGCUUAUGAAUAUAAAUGUCUCAAAAACAGAUGAGUCGUAGGCAUUGCAUAAGCAUUUUGCAGUUCCAUUCCCCAGAGGUUCUACUUUAACCCUAUCGACCAGUUAACAUGUUUAUAAUUUGGUGAUAGCUCUCUAUUCUUUUUAGUGGCUUAUAUGCCUAUUGGCCUGUGUUUCCAGGCUUCGCUUUCUUAUCCUUUGGGCUUUUCACUCCCUACCCAAGCCUCUGGUUAACUGCAGGCAAACUGUAUGUCCACGUUAUGUUUGCCAUUGGCCUGCCCUCAUUCCAGCUGCAUAGAAUGCAGAUGAGAGCAAGGUCCACAGACACUGUGUGCAAGUGAGCAGAGUGAUUACUGCUGAUAGCCUUGAGCAAGCAUAGGUUUGUGGAGAGUGCAGCCCUAGGUUUGGGCAAAAAGACCAUGCAAAUGAACUUUUUUUUGACAGGACAUAAAGGUAAAUCUGAAUUUGGUUUUUAUGCAGACAUAUUUUGAAAAUGUCUGGAAGACAAAAAGGGAAGUGUGUCUGUUACUUCAGGUUAGAAUUUGUCUGUGCAAACAAAGUUUACUUAAUAUAAAUUCUUGGUUCUGCUACUUACUUAGCACAGACAUGAGAUACUAAGAACAAUGGCUUGAAACAGGAUUCAUUCCCUGCUGUUAGAACAUUCAAAAGUUACAAAAUUUCCCCUUUAGAACUGUAAAUUUCCUGGAAGCUGCAAAAUUCUGCUAGUUUUCAAAUGGAGCAUUUGUUUCUUGAAAAUAUCUAAAUAUGCAUCAGUUCUAUCAUGAAUGCAUUGUAGCUGGCAUCUGGCACUUGAUAUGCCAGCAACAGUCACAGUGUGGUAUAAAUUUUAGAAAUUCUACUCAUAUUACUGCACAGCAUGAUGACUAGGGACCAUGAUGGUAAGAAAUGUGAAUAUAUCAUUCCGCAGAGGAAAAGAAUGAAUUUAGGACAGAAAAUCUAGUAAUGUCAGGUGGCAUUUACAUUGCACUCAAAUCCUGGUCCCAGGACUAUAUUCUUUGUUCAAAAUUGUAUUUAACGUGUAUGGCAGAGAGCUUUCUGGCAGAAAUGUUGUUAUCUCCUAUUGUGAACCUUGUAAGAUGUGAAGUGGAGGGAAGCUAUUGUAUAACCUUCAAUCCUCACCUUGUGUGCAAAGCUCUGGGCAGUGAGGCAGGCAGUAAGCCACAUAAAUUUCAUCUCCUCCGAUCUCUACCCAGGUAUGGCCAAAAUUUGAAUUAGGGAAUGGAACCUGGGAAUUCUCACACUAAGCAAACUCCCAUUGAAAUCAGAAGGUAACCUAGUUUUCAAAUCACAUUUUCACAUUUGAAGUUUCAUUGUUUCUGCAGCAUCUGAAAUAAGUGGAAGCUUGGGAACAUGACUGUACCCCAUUUUCCAAUCUAUCAAUGCCCAUCUCACUGGAAAAUUUUACAAUCCUAAUAAAUACUCUAGAUC